UGCCCCGUCUCCCCAGGGGGAAGGGCGGCCACCAGCCGGAGCCCCGCGGACCCGCGCUGCACGGCGGACCUGGGCGCGCAGUACAUCACGCUCAGCCCCGGCUGCGCCCAGCGGCACCGGAGUUUUAGAAGCUUCUAUGAUGACCUUCUGGCCCAUGGUAUUUUGAAACCAUUGACUGCACCAAUUAAAGGAAUGGUGAUGAAGGAGGGAUCUCUCAAUUUUAUGACGCCUCAGGGUACUUCGUCAAUUGCCAAGCAUUAUUUGAGAGAGUCAGGUGCAGAUGUAUUCUAUGAGCACCAUGUAACACAAAUCUACCUCAGAGAUGGGAAAUGGGAGGUCCAUGAGGAAGCGGGAUCUUCAGAACUAUUUGACAUAGUUAUUCUCACAAUACCUGUCCCACAAAUUCUUCAACUUCGGGGCGACAUUGUGAACAUAAUUAAUGGAAGUCAAAGGCAGCAACUGGAAUCUGUGAGCUACUCAUCUCGCUACGCUCUGGGACUCUUUUAUGAAGCUGGUACACAGAUUGAUGUCCCCUGGGCUGCACAAUACAUCACCAAUAAUCCCUGCAUACGCUUCAUAUCCAUCGAUAAUAAGAAACGCAAUAUAGAAUCUUCUGAAGUUGGGCCAUCUGUUGUUGUUCAUACCAGUGUGCCAUUUGGAAUCGAAUACCUUGAGUGGGACUGUGAGAAAGUGCAGCAGUUAAUCCUGGAGCAACUGGAAAUUGUAAUGCCAGAUUUGCCUAAACCAGUUAACAUCAAGUGCCAAAAAUGGAGAUACUCCCAGGUUACAACACCUGUCCCCAGCUGUCCAGGACAAAUGACUCUUCAUAUCAAUCCUUCCCUUAUAUGUGGGGGUGAUGCAUUUACGCAUUCUAAUUUUGAUGGCUGUAUAGAGUCUGCCACGUGCAUUGUAGAGGCUAUAAAAUGUAAUUUAUAAUGUUUUUAUGAUAGAUUGUUUUGCAUAUAAUUGUGCUGAAUCCUAUCAUGAUGCAUUAAAUGUUGGUAUGCUGUUGGCAAAAUUUGACUCUCCAGAAAUAAACAAAUUUGAAGACACUGGAUUUUACUUACGUUUAUUUGAGUUUUGAGGAUUCAUUUGAUGUUUGUGUUUGGAUGUUCUGCAGUAAACAAAACUUCUGUGACCUGAUUCUAUUGUGUUAUUUUGCACACACUGACUUCAUUGAAUGUUACAAGCUUAAAGAGUAAAAGGCACUUUUGAAAACAUUACUUGCUGCCUAACUGAAUCUUUACAUUUAUACAGUCUGGCUCCAAAAUACUUCUGAAAGAUUCACUCAGACACUGUACUGCCACGCGUCCUU